AUGUCAUCUGAAAUUAGUCAGCCAACGGUCACUAAAGUUUCUAAAGCGACUCUACCUAAGAAGACCCUAAAAUCUGUUUCUGUUGGUCGAAGAGCUUUAUCGAGUAUUUUCUACCGAGAAAAGAUACGAACACGUACUAUCGCAACACCUAGAAGUCAACUACGUAUUCAUGUACAACAAAUAACCAACACAGAUCAAAUAAAUUGGUAUGGAGAAAAUGCAAAACAACCGCUCGAAAUGGGCGAAAUGCGGCCAGUUAGCCGACACGGCGAGUCAUCAAUUUUAUUUCCGGGCCGAGGUCGUGUCAGACCAACAGAGAGAGAUAGCGUAGUCACUCCUACAAGUAUUCAAUGUGAACCUGAUGAAUAUAAAAAAACUCCAAAUAAAUUUAAAUUUAAACCAAAAAGUUGCCUUUUUACUAUGAUAUCUAUUAUAGCAUUGGUUAUCAUUGUAGCAUUAUCAAUAGUCAUUGCCUUUCUUGCAACAGCUGGUAAACAAGCAAGUCAAAGCACGAGUACAACUUCGACUACAACACAAACUACGACAACAUCUCAAACUACAACAACAUCUCAAACUACGACAACAUCACAAACUACGACAACAACAAAAACUACGACUACAACAAAAACUACGACUACAACACAAACUACAACAUCAUCACAAACUACGACAACAUCUCAAACGACGACUACAACAGAGACUACAACAACAUCAGAAACCACAGCUGCAUUAGAAACUGACUACAUAACUAAUUUAGAUUUUACGACUGCAGGCAAUAUAGAAAAUACAACAAUUUGAUCGAAUGCAUACCUGUUCGACAUUUUGAUUUCAAAUAUCGAAAGUAAAUGGUAUGUCUAUCGUUGCCGUGAAAAUAAAAACAUGUUAAAUUCAAUGUUGGAUGAUCUCUCGAAAACGUCGAAGUCCCGUCCGCUCGGUGAUGUUUUACAUAUAUUUAUUUUCUUAAUAAUAAGUAAAAUCUUACGAACAUUUGCAGUAUUUAUAGCGUAUGAUUUAUUGAAAUCAUUUCAUUUUUUAUUAAUUCUUUUUCUUACAACAUUAAUUGCUGCCGUGUGUUUAUUAUUUAUACAAAAACCUUUUGCAUCGAUCCGAUUAACUAAACCGGUACUUUUUCGACUGAUUAAAUAUACAACAUGUCUUACUAUAGUUCGAGUUUUAUGGAUAUUUGGAUUAACAUUAUGUGGACCAUUGAGAACAAUAUUACUAUUUGAACAUAGUGAUUUUGUUUUACUUGCAUGUUUUCAAGUCUUAUUUUCAUCGUCAUCAUCGAAUGUAACUGGUGUAACACAACAAACUCAAACAUCACGAAUACGUGGCGCUGUUUUUUUCCUAUUAGCUGUUUUAGCCAUAUUUGCAUUUGAUAAUGACGAUGCACGACAACGAAUAUUAGACCAUCCUGAAGGCCAUGCACAUCAUCAUUUAUUCACUCAUGUUUUUUAUCUAUUAACUUCAUUUAUUGGUGUUGCUGAUCAUAAAGGCGGUGUUAUUCUAUUAAUUAUUGCCGUAUGUAUACGAUGUGCAAUUGAUUCUUUAAGUAAAAAAUUGGUAGUUGAUGUGGGUGGACCGAAGAAAUUUCAUGCGAUAUCAACAUGUCUAUCAGCAGCAUGUCUUAUACCUACAUCAUUUAUAAUGUUAUUAAUUAAUAAUAUUUUUCCGGAAUCAAUCGAUUCGGCAAGUUCUUCAAUUCAAACGACGUUGCCAUCAUCAACAUCGUUGCCAUUUUUCGACACCAUCCUAUCAUCAAUUAUUCCACUAAUAGUUAUUAGUAUAUUAUUGUUUGUUUCUGAUUUUUAUACUGAACAAAUAGCUAUUGCUAAACUUGAACGUUUACGGACAUUUCGAGUUAGUAUAUUUACUAUGAUUGGUGGUGCAUUAAUUGCAUCAUUUCUAUGGACAAAAUCCUCAACGUUAAUUAGUCAUAAUCCAGUAUGGUUUGGUAGAAGUACAGAAAAGACUGAACCGGAAGAACAUGCACUAUCAGGUGGUGUUGUAUUUUCUGUCGUUAUGUUUAUUUUUGCAACUGAUCUUUUAUCAAGUCCAAUUAAGCGGCAAUCAGGUACAUUUAUUGGUUACGGUCCAGAUGGUUUACCGUUAUUUAAUUUAACACACCAACGAUCACAAUCAUUCGUACUUAUUUUACAAUCAAGUUUGAGAGCUAUUCUUGCUGAAUCGGACUCAAGAAGAAUCUUUUAUUUUCUUUGUAUUAAUCUCAUGUUUACAUUCGUUGAACUCCUGUAUGGUGCUUGGACGAAUUCACUUGGUUUGAUUAGUGAUGGUUUUCAUAUGUUGUUUGAUUGUACAGCACUUGUCGUUGGUCUUUAUGCAGCUCUCAUGUCACGUUGGAAACCUACACGAGUAUUUUCCUAUGGGUACGGCCGAGCAGAAGUUCUAUCGGGUUUUGUUAAUGGUUUAUUUCUUGUUGUUGUGGCAUUUUUUGUCUUCUAUGAAGCUAUCGGUCGUCUUAUUGAUCCUCCAGAAAUAAAUACAAACCGUUUAUUAGCUGUUUCUGUAGCAGGAUUUGCUGUUAAUAUGGUUGGUAUUUUUUCAUUCAGUCAUGCUCAUGCACUCGCUCAUGGUGGUGGUAGUUGUGCAAUGAGUCAAACAACUGCAACUAAAGAUCAACACCAUCAUGACCAUUCUCACUCACAUGGUGCUGCUCAUGAUCAUGGGCAUUCACAUGGUGCUGCUCACGAUCAUGGGCAUUCACAUGAAGAUGUUCAUGGUCAUGGAGAUUCACAUAAAGCAAUUGAAAGUACAAGUCAUCAUGGACAUAGCCAUUCCCUAACGGGCAAUGCUAAUAUGAAAGGUGUUUUUCUUCACGUAUUGGCUGAUACGUUGGGUAGUGUUGGCGUAAUUAUCUCAUCGUUACUUAUUCAAUAUUUUGGUUGGUAUAUAUCGGAUCCCAUAUGUUCAUUAUUCAUUUCAAUAAUGAUAUUUCUCUCUGUCCUUCCACUUCUAAAAGAUAGUGCAAUGACACUUCUUUUACAAACUCCAACAGAUAUCCUAUAUGAAACUCUUGAUCGUAUAAUGAAACUUGAUAAAGUUCUAUCGUAUUCUGAUGAACAUUUUUGGAAGCUUUCAUCGUCGACUACUGUUGGGACGAUUCAUAUUCAAAUUUCAAAAGAUGGUGAUGAACAAAGUAUUAUUUCUCAAGUCCAGACUAUUUUGAAGGAAGCUCAAAUUCAUAAUGUAGCUGUUCAAGUAGAAAAACAUGUCUUUUUUGAUCAUUUAACUACGCUGAAUUCAGCUCUCGGGCAGUUACCUACGUCUCACAGAAUAUUUUUUAAUUAA